AUGGAGUUACCGGCGCCGAUGCCCGUGACGCUGCCGCUGCCGCUUCCGUGCCUCGUCGUCGACCACGACGGCGCCGGAGGGGAGCCCUGCACAACCCUGCUCGACGUCUCCAAAGGGGAACAUCAGCACCAAUACCACGCAUGCGACGGCGACGCCCACGCGCUGCUACGCAACAGGCGGAGAUGGAUGACGCCGCACGGGUGGGUGCUCUCGUGUGACCCCUCCACCCUCGCCACCUUCCUGUGGAGCCCUCAGACCACGGAGAAGAUCGACCUGCCGCCCCUCACGCCGGGGCAGGAGAUACCCUUGCACUCUUCCUGCUCCCUCUCCGGCAAGCCCACCGCCGCGGGCUUCACCGUGGUGGCCGUCGAGCCGGAGAAAACGGCGGUAUGGUACUGCCACGUCGGCGGCAACGCCUCCGAUAGACCUGGAUGGGUCAGGUACGAGUACGACGUGGGAAGCGUCACGUUCCCGGUGGUCAACGACCGGAGAAUCCAGGGGAAGAAGUUCAUCACCCGGCUCACGGCGGUCGGAGGCAAGUUCUACUUCUUCAAAUCGCAUGACGAGCUCGGCGUGCUCGAAUUCUCGCCUGCGCCGCUCCACAGCUCGGUGCCAGUCCGCGCCGUCGAGCGUCCCCCGGGGACCACCUGCAUGGCGCCGUCGUUCGUGGAGCUCGGCGGCGAGCUCUAUCUGGCCUCCGCCUUCUUACACUACGACAGCGGUGGCGCCACAAGUGUUCUCGGCUGCGGCGUGUACAAGCUGGACUUGGCGGGGAAGAGGUGGUGCAAGGUCAGCGACAUCGGCGACCGAGCCUUCCUCAUGUGCCCUCUGUAUUUCAGUGGCUGCUGCUCUGCGACCGCCUCCGGGCUGAGACCCAACUGCGUCUAUUGGAUGGGGCUGUGUGACGACGACCUGCUGCGAGUCUUCGAUAUCGACGGGGAUGAGGGAACUCAUGGAGUGCACGAUCCGUGCAAAGAUAUCUCCGGGCCAAAUCGUAAUGCGGUGUGGAUGCUUCCUAGUGAUGAGCCAUAA